GAACAUUCUGCGCCUGUGGGCUACCCAGUGUGAGUUCUUAUUUGCCCAGCAAAUCCGCCGUAGCCAGCAGAUCUUUACCUUGUAUGCGAAGAUCUGGGAAGAACGAGCUCUGCGGGAGCUGCUGCGUCGAUUCAGGGGACAGAACACCACCGCCACGCGACUCAUCACUAGUACUGUUGCUACUACCUCAUCAACAUCCUACAGUGCUGGUGGCUGCUGCAUUUCGCAACGACGCCAGCUGUGUCACGAUUCCCGAUCGAAACCCCAGUGUCAGUACCAGCCUGUCGUCGUCGAGUGAUCCAAAAUGAGACCCAGCACUUUGAAUUUGCAGUACCACAUGAACUAUGACGUUUCGAAGACCUUUCUGGCCACGGCAUGGGACGCUUGGAGUAAAAAUUCAACCGCAGGCAGAAACGAAGUGGUGGGGUUGGAUAAUCUGAAGCGGCUGUUUGCUGGGCUCAAGGUUUAUCCAUCGGAUGGACAGGUCGAGAAUAUGCUGAAAACGGCAGAGCUCGUCUCCAAAAACAGCAGCAGCACCAGCAACGACGAAACUCGUAAGAGUGGAUUGACUUUCGGGGAGUUUUGUGUUAUUGUGUCCGAUAUUCGUAAGUUGAAGUACACGACUACGGUUAGCAGUAAUCUGGAUAAAAACGAAGGCGGAAAAGCGAAAAAACCGGGUGAGAGAAGGCAUUCAGACGCUAGGGAAAGGAACCUUGAUCAGCAGCAUCAGGAACAGCAACAGCAACAGUACUUAAUAGAUUCUAAAUACUCGAUUGGACCGGAGGUAUUUUUGGGAGGGUCCUGUAAUCCGACGACGUGGCGAGCAGACGUUGCCAUUCCUGCGUUGAAUCGAUUGGAUAUAUCGUUCUACAAUCCGCAAGUUUCCGAGUGGACCUCGAGUUUGCUUGAUCUUGAACAUCGAGCGAAGGAAAAAGCAAAGGUUCUGCUAUUUGUGUUGGAUUCCCAGACCCGAUCGACUGCCGGAGCCAUUGAGGUUGCCCACAUAUCCGGGCGAAACAUAAAGCAUCUUGUGUUGGUGCUGUUUCCGUACAAACCGAAUCAAAACAUUUUCAAUGAUGCGCUGUCGUUUGAGGAGUUUCUUGAUUUGUCCAGAAAUCAGAUCCUUUUGAAGCAACUUGUUCGUCGGAAAGGUUUGCCGAUAUUGGACGAUAUGUCCGAAGCGUUGGAACAUGUCAAGCUGAUCCUAUCGAAGCAAAAGUGCCGAGAUCAACCGAAAAAUGUAGCCUCUCGGUUGAUUUCCGUGUGUCGAACCUACGACAAGGUCAAGGGGGAAAGUGGCACAGUUCGGUUGCCGGAAUGUAGAAAAGCCUUGGUUGCCUUAGGAUAUUCUCCCGAUAUUGUAACGAUAAAUGUUGUGAAACAUGUCUUGAUGUUUUACGAUGAACUUAGGCAAACGACAGCAGGUUCUGUGUCGAAGAAAUGUGACGGAAAGGAUAAGUAUGAUAACUAUAGCGUCGAGUUGGAGGAGUUUUGUAUGCUCGAUUCUUGCAUGUCGGUAUUGCAACAAGAAAUUCUCGAAAACGGUUGCGUUUCUCCGAUUUACGGAACAAACCUGCAACAACCACCAGUGUAUCUAACGGAUUGCCCCGAAUGGAACCACUGCCUCCCAGUGUUAACUCUCACCCCAAUGGAUCGAAAACGAUUUAAUUCAACCGGUCAGGAAUGUGUUUCGAUGGUGGAAAAACUAGGCUCGAUGACAUGCAAUUCGGAACAGGACAGGCUCUCGAAACAUCAAAUGGAUGCGUCCGAAAAGCGAAAUCAAUCAUCCCUGGGCUGCGAUUCGAGAAAUGAUAGUCCAGCUACCUCGGAACAAUGUUCUACUCUUCCAGUGCGGGAUAUUUAUUUGGGUGGAAGCUGCUGGAUGCUCACAAACUGGCGCCAGAAACACGUUAUUCCAAAAUUAAAGCAAAACGGUCUUUCUUAUUAUACCUCACAUUUACACGAAUGCGUAGACGGCAUGACCGGUUCCAGUCCCGAUGUUUAUGAUACCCAUUGCUCGGAGGAAAAACUAUCGCUGGAUUUCGACCUGCUCGAUGCCAGCCGGGUUCUGUUGUUCGUGAUAACCAAUGAAACCCGGUCGCUGAACGCCAUGACCCUGGCUGCCCAUUACAUCGGCAUGGGAUAUGACGUGGUGUUAUGUGUUCAGAUGCUGACUACCGAAGACAGUCCCACGAAGCAAAAGCUAACCCCAGCUGCGGUCAAGGAUUACAACCGAGGCCGGGCCUAUCUUGUUGAUCUGGCCAACCGGCAGGCAGUGCCGGUUUUUAGCGAAAUUGACCAAGCCUUGGAUUGUGCAAUUAAGAAAAUAAAAUUGAGCAAAACUCAAGUUCACUAAUGUUGUGUUAUCAAAAUAUGAUCCUUGGCUGAUGAAUGCUUGAAAUCAAUCAAAAAUCCCCAAUUGAACGUUUCCGUUAACUGUUAGUCGAGUUGAAGAAGUAGCUGAAGCUUCGUUGAUCCUCUAAAGAACAAUAAUUGCUAUCCAAAUGUAAAAGUUUUACGUUCCUUUUAUAACCUGACAUAAAAAAAACUCUUAGGUAUAAAUAGAUAUGGAGAUCUUUUAUUUUUGGAUAGUUUCUAACUUCCCCAAAAAACAAAUACAAAAGCAGCAUUUAUUUUGACAAGUUAUUGGAAGCCUGUUUGAAUAAAAGGAACAAUAAUUUGAAAAGUGUAAAAGAGGAUCGUCUACGAGUUAAAAAAAAAUCUUAUUCAUACACAAAUUUUAUACAAAAAAAAAACAACAAUAUCAAACCACUAGAAAGCACGAGCUCAAAGCUUAUUUUUUUAAACGACACCAACUCACACCUUGAAAGCGCACAAUUUACAACUAUCACCUGGCAUCCAGUGCAUUUUUUUAAAAUACAGAUGAAAGAUCUCAAAACAAGAAGAAAAAAAAGAGAGAGAGAUCCAACUUACUUCCCGGUGAACGUGACUAUCAUAUGAUGGAUUCAAUAAACUACUAGAGAAAGUUAUAAUUUUUCAUUCCGUUAGAAUCGAACUACUAAAACAGCUCUCUACUACUACAACAGCAUCGGUGCAUUCGUUUUUUGUCACAAUAGGAAGACAGCAGCCAGACAAGAUAGGUGAAGGUGAAGAUUAAGGCGGUUUGUUGAUACUUUUAAAGACAGCCAUAAAAUACCUAUUACGUUAUUAUAAAACGACCUGUAAUCUACGAUUUAUGUAUUGUUUAUUUUUACACAACAAUUGAUCAAAAAUCUACUUGAAUGUUCAGAAAAGUGAUGGCCUUGUUAGGUGUUGUAAAGCGAAACAGUCAGUCAGUGAAAUACCUUUUGUAUGUCUAUUGUUUAACAAAAUUUACUAAAACAAAACGGGAUAGUCUAACUACUACCUACCGAGCACCAACCAGAUAGGAACACUAACGCUAGCAAAGCAAAUCUAUAGGCUAAGCUACUAGCACCACUAAUGCUUACAUUUCUAAUUUUCUAUUAAACUGUAUCGGUGUGGAAUAAAUGUUACGUUU